AUGAAUAUUCAAGAAUGGAUAUCUAAUGUUACGGCUGAAUACACCGACGAAAUGUUCAUACCACUGACACCACCACCAUCUAGACACGAUGAAGAAAGUGACGCGACGUCAAUAUCGGACUGUUCAAUAAUUAGAUCUGUUAUUACCAAACGUAAUUGUACUAUUGAUCAAGCCAAAGAAGAUGAUGUUAUCACAGAUGUUCUCGGUCCAAAUACAAAUUGUGAUGUUGAUGACUCCGAUGCUAUAUCCGUAUCCACUGUCAUAUCAAGUAGUCACAGCUUUAAAGACGCGCAUUGCUAUCAUAAUACAACUACCAGCAUUCCUUCUUCUGAUGAAGCAAUUAUAGAAUGGAGACAGGACAAGAUUCACAGUAAUUCGUUUCUGCAUGAGCCUCUUUAUGACUUCAACCGCACACUCUCACCAGAAGCUAGACAGAUGAGUUGUCCUCUAUACAACUUUAAUCAUCUGUCACCACAAGGAACAAUGAGAACAGAUGGUUCUCAUUACGAUUUCAAUCAUCAGCUUCCGCAAGUUAAUAUGUACAACUAUGCUUCCUGCAAUCAAAAUAAUCCACCUCUACCAGGAUCCAUACGAACUAACUGUGUAACGUGUAUUCUACCAACUAGCGUUAAAACUACCAUUUUUCUUGGAGGAUCAGUAAAUAUUUCUCUGAAUCGAUAA